CAACUGUCCUUUAUUGUUGAGGAUUGUGGGUAUUUUACAUUUAUAUUAGAAAUAAAGGGAAAAGCACAUAGGCACAAAAUUCAAAACAAACUUAAUCACGUGUCAUUUCAAAGUGUAUUUGCAAGCAGUUCAGUGAUAUUAGACAUUAGAAAUCAACACAUUUAAGUAGGAAUAACAUGAUAAAUCUAUUGAACUUACUGGAUUUCAUUAUAUAAAUGCAUCUUCAUUAGUUUGUUUAAUUCAGCACAUAUAAACUAAGUAAAUCCAGCUAAAUGUUUCUGUUUAAAUCCGACCCAAAUAAAUGAAGUAAAUCCAGCGAAUCAUUUUUCAGAGCAGUCCACCCCAUAAUAAUAAUAAUAAUAAUAAUAACGUGCUCAUCAUUCACUCAUCCUUCACUUGUUCCAGACAUUUAUGAGUUUCUUUAUUCUGUUGAAUGCAAAAGCAGAUAUUCUAAAGAAUGUUGGAAAUCAGUAACCAUUGACUCCCAUAGGUUUUCAUCUUUCUUCGAAAUAUCUUCUUUUGUGGAACUCGUGAAGGUUUAUGCCCACAGAUAACGAGUAGACUUUAAUCUGUGGUGAUUAUUAAAUGAGAACUGUUCAAUAAACUCUGCUUCAUUAUGGUUGUGCGUGUGCUCUCUGCUGCCCCCGCGUGUGUUUCUCCGGCACUGCGUGUGUUUUGGGGUAAACAUUAUAGGUUCAGUUCGUUUAUUUCAUUUUUAACUUUAUUUUUUAUUCGCGAUCAGAUUAAAAUAAUAUUCCUGAAAUAUUUCUGAGCUCAUAAUAUUAAUAACCCUGCCGGGAUGAAAGAUCUGCAGCGCCGCAUGGAGACAAAGCGCUGAGUGAGUGAUGGGCGUGUGUGGUCUGCGCAUGCGCACUCCUCCUCUGACCUCCUCAUCCCGGUUCUACCGAUCGGCGGAUCCGCUUCUCCGGUCAGAAUCUCAGCACAGACCGGAUACAGAUGAGGCAUGGCGGCCCUGUUCGGCAGGAUCCAGAUCGGCAUCUAUGUGGAGAUCAAGCGCAGUGACGGCCGGAUCCACCAGGCCAUGGUGACGUCUCUGAAUGACCACAAUGACAGUGUGACGGUGGAGUGGAUCGAGAAUGGCGACACCAAAGGGAAGGAGGUGGAUCUGGAGAGCGUCUUCAGCCUGAAUCCAGACGUGGCUCCAGAGGAGGAGAUCCUGCAGAGCCCAGAGACUCCUCCACCACUCAUGAGCAGCGCCGCCAGACCCAACAAGAUCCCGCAAAGCAAGAAUCGUCGAGCUGUAGCGCCUGUGAAGAGCGAAACGCCUGCGAAGGAUAACCGAGGUACACUCAUCAUCAUAAUGAUCCACGGAAGACGCUGGGUUUGUUUUGGUUUCCUUUGUUUUUGCACUUGUCCACUCGCUGUUGUUUUAAAAUGUGUGUAUGUAGAAUCAGCUUGUGUGUGUCCAAAUGUGUGUGUGACGUGUGAUCUGCCUUAUUCAGUGACUGGAGGAACGACUCGAGCGCGGCCAAGCCAGCAGACCGAACCUGAGGUCGACACCACCACCCCCAACUAUGAGAUCAUGUGUAUGAUCCGAGACUUCAGGGCGAGUCUGGACUACCGGCCGCUGACCACUGCAGACCUGAUUGAGGACCACCGGAUAUGCGUGUGUGUGCGGACGAGGCCUCUGAAUAAGAAAGAGCUCAGCAUGAAGGAUCUGGACGUCAUCACCAUCCCCAGUAAGGAUGUGGUGAUGGUGCACGAGCCCAAGCAGAAGGUGGACCUGACCCGAUACCUGGAGAACCAGACCUUCCGCUUCGACUACGCCUUCGACGACACCUCCACCAACGAGAUGGUCUACAGGUUCACUGCGCGGCCGCUGGUGGAGACGGUGUUUGAGAGAGGAAUGGCCACAUGUUUCGCCUACGGGCAGACGGGCAGCGGGAAAACUCACACCAUGGGUGGAGAUUUUUCUGGGAAGAACCAGGACUGUUCCAAAGGCAUCUACGCUCUCGCUGCGCGGGAUGUUUUCCUGAUGUUGAAGAAGCCGAUCUAUAAGAAGCUGGACCUGCAGGUGUUCUCCACCUUCUUCGAGAUCUACAGUGGGAAAGUGAGUGUCCACACCAGUGUGCUGAACAGCUGUGUGCAGUUGGGUGAUGUGUGUGUGUGUGUGUGUCUCUGCAGGACGUCAGGUCAGACCUCGGCUAACGCGCACUCAUCCCGCAGUCACGCAGUGUUCCAGAUCAUUGUCCGUCGGCGAGGGAAGAUGCACGGGAAGUUCUCUCUAAUCGAUCUGGCGGGAAACGAGCGCGGCGCCGACACGUCCAGCGCAGACCGGCAGACCCGGCUGGAGGGAGCCGAGAUCAACAAGAGCCUGCUGGCACUCAAGGAGUGCAUCAGGGCUCUGGGCCGAAACAAACCUCACACUCCAUUCAGAGCCAGUAAACUGACGCAGGUGCUGCGCGGGUAAAGGAGUUUGGCAUCAGUCCAUCUGAUAUCCCCUUCUCUCAGAGCGGCGGCGCGCGCUCAGAUCUCUCUCCCACAGACGAGUACGCCGACUCCUGCAGAAUGAAGGAGCUGGUUCUGGACCCUGGUGUGCUGCCAGAGAGUCGGGUCGGGUCUCAGUUGGAGGUUUUGGAGGCACAGUGGGGGAUGGGGAGCUCACCGCAGAGAGACGACCUCAAACUGCUCUGUGAACAAAACGAAGAGGAAGUGUCCCCGCAGCUCUUCACCUUCCAUGAGGUGGUGUCUCAGCUGGUGGAGAUGGAGGAGCAGGUGUUGGAGGACCACCGCGCCGUCUUCCAGGAGUCGAUCCGCUGGCUGGAGGAUGAGAAGGUUCUGUUGGAGAUGACGGAGGAGGUGGAUUAUGAUGUGGAGUCGUUCGCCACGCAGCUUGAGCAGAUCCUGGAUCAGAAGAUUGACGUGUUGGUCGAGCUCAGAGAUAAAGUGAAGUCAUUCCGCUCGGCGCUGCAGGAGGAGGAGCAGGCCAGUAAACAGAUCGACCCCAAACGCCCGCGAGUGCUCUGAGCAAUCCCAGCAUGCCCGGCGCCGGCUGAUGCAUGAGCUGUACAUACUGCAAACUCUCUCUGUACAUUUAUAUAAAUAUAAAGAUGAACUGUGUGUGUUGGAGGAACAGGCUCACCGUGAAGACGCAGGCUCCGGAGUGAAGGAAAUGCUCAGUGCUGACAUCAUCAUCAUCAUUAUCACACACACACACACACACUUUUAACAUGGCUUUAUUUUAUUAUUAUUAUUUAAAAAUCUAAAUUGUUUCUCAUUUGUAUUAACAGUUUUGUAUGUCCUCUUUUUUUAAUGGCGUGUGUUUUUCUUUGUGUGUUUUGAUGAAGCAGCAGGGCACAGGGCUGACAGAUCUCACACACACACACACACACACACACACUGUAAAAGAUGUAAAGAUGUUCAGGUUGAGGCUGAGUCUCAUUACCUGUGAAGAUCACAGAAGGGUCAGGGAUGUAUUUCAGCUGAUGUUGGGAUAUUGGUGACGUGUUCAGAUGUGCUGCUGACAGUUUCCUGUUAGCUCAAAUGACCCUUAAAAACACGAGGCUGACUGAACUCAAUGUGUGAAGUCUGGUGGAGCUGCUCUGUCUUCUGUCAGCAGAGGAUCCUGGCGUCAGUGUGUUCUCUACAGCUGAAGGGAAUGUCCUGUUUACAGUGUUAUUUACUCCCGCAUCAGUGUUUUUAUAACCGCUGUCCAGGAGCGGCGCUCUGUGAUGAACAGACUCUGGAUCAGUGUGUGCUCAAAUAAAGAGCAUUUGGAAAUCUUG